UGGAGAUUAAUAAAAAUAUGCACGCGUGUAUGGACAAAUGCACGCGUGUACUUAUAUUACAUACUCGGCAGUAAUUGUUAUAUAAUUCAGUCAACAUAGUUCUAUUCUCAUGUAUUUUAAACAAUUCUAAUAGAACAAUUUUAUUAACAUGUAUAUCGGUCUUAAAUUAUGGAAAAACGAUAAUAACUAGUUACGAAAGUAGCAUCGACAAGAAAAGAAAAAGCAUAGUUGUAAAAGAAUGUCAGCGGCAAAGGGCAAUUUGGAGACAAGUUAUAAACCAGUUUAUCGUCGCAGACGUAUUUCUAAAGCUAAACAUACGUUUAAAAUGCACAAUAACCAUAAAGAUCCAUCAGAUCUUGCGACAGAAGAUGGUAAUGAUUACGAAGGUGACCUAUCUUUGGCAAGCAAAUGUGAUAAAUCUGGAAGAAAUAAAAAAUUAAUCAAAGAAAGUAACGAACAAAAACAAAUGUUUGAUGAAGGUGAUGUAGAUUCAGGUAUUAUUUAUUCAAAGACAAGAGACAAACGUCCCUCAAAAGAUACAAUACUAAUAGUUAAUGAGUAUCAUAAAUUAGAAAAAUGUUACAAAAAUGUCCAGGAUGAAUGUCAAAAAUUAAAUAGUUUGUUGGAGCAGCAAAAGGCAGAGUAUUUGCAAUUAUAUUCGCGUUAUGAAACAUUAGUACAAAUGGUGCAAGAUAUUGAAGACACAAAAGUUGAUUUGGCAAAACAUAAUCGAAAACUUGAAGCUGAAAAAGUUCAAUCGAGCGAAGAUAUAGUAUUACUAAAACGUAUUGUUUAUCAAUUAAAUGCUGAAUUGGAAAGAUACCAGGAUAAAUUGAGAGACCAAAAACUUGGAAAUGUUUCUACAGACUUUGUAGAAAAUGGCGAAAAAGAAGAAAAAUACCACCAGCGUGUUUGGCGCGGCAUUAAUUUUCAUAGUUUGGGUCCACUUUUAAAUGCCUACCAAGAAAACUUGUCUGAAAAACGGGAACUUGUAAACAUGUACGAACAACAGAUGGCUGAUUUUAGCAGCAGAUGCAAGGAAAUAAUUACAGAGAAUGAACUUAUGCAUAAAGAAGUGGAAGAAUUAAGAUUAGAGUGUAAUAGGUAUGCACAAGAAAUUAAAUCAUUGGUCGAGAAUACUGCAUCGCUAAAAAAACAAAAUGAUGUCUUGCAAAAAGAAACUGGAGGUUUAAAGAGAGAAGCAAAUGAGAUCUGUUCAUUGUAUGAAACAAAAAUGGAGGCAAUCUUAAAACGUAACGAAGUACUUAGGAAAGAACAUGCAAUGAGUGCAUCAGAACUGAGUAAUCUCAAAGGGAAAUACGAAAUUUUGAAUAAAGAGUUCGAGAAGGUUAAAAAUAAAGAGGAGCAAACAGUGCCAACCAUUGUUCAUACUACCGCCAUCGAAGAAUGUAAGACGCUGUUAGAAGAAUUAAAACAUCAAUAUGAAACCGAGAAACGGAAUUUAUCUAAUCAUAUAAAACGUAUGGAAGAGAAUCAACCUGAGAAGGAGAAAGAACUCGUAAUGAUUACAGCUGAAAGAAAUCAUUUAAAGACUCUUGUUGAAAGACUAGAAAGCAGUUUGAAGCGCAUGCAACGUAAAUAUGAGAAUAUGCAAACCUUUGUAUAUUCUACACGCGUUUCACGCGAUUCUUUAAAAGAGCAAUUAAGUAAAACGACCGCUUAUUGCGAAGAAUUAUUUUCCGAGUAUGAAAGAAUCGUCGCAGAAAGGGAAAAAUUACUAACUCUUUUGCGUGAAACGGAAAAAGAAAAUGCUACUAUUGAUCGUCUCGGGAAAACCAUUAAUAAUCGAGUGGAUGAUUUAAAGAACCAACUGGAGAACGUACGAAGGGGCGCGAAACAACAAGUAGAAAUUGUUGAGAAACGUAUAAAGUUACAAGAACUUCGAGUGCGUCGGAUGAAACGUGAAUAUCGUUGUAAAAUACGGGAUUUAAAAGGUACAAUUAAACAGAGAGAAGACACGAUUUUAAAAUUGCAAGAGAAACAUAUUAACCGAAAUAAGUCGGUCCGAGAUUUGCCCCAAGCUAUACACGACGAUAAACCGAAAGCUACAAUGUCGGGGGAAAAUAUUCAUAAUCUUUAGAUCAAUUACGUAAACGGUCAGCUCAUUAAACGCAUGAUAAGAUCAUUCGUAAUAGAUUGGACUUUGAAUCUGAUUUUCAAUGAAUCUCUUAAUAAGCAUCUAAUUGUGGAAUAGGUGCUACUCAAAACACCAUCCUUCCUGGUAUUUACCGACCAUGUCAGUCACUUUAUUUAGCGGUGACAUCAAACGAGACAAGUGGCUGCGAAGGCUACCGUUCGCCACUAUAUGAAUGGCCGAUGGCGAUGGCGGCUAUAGUAACUACCUCCCGGCGAAAAAUUGAUGUCAGCCGAUAUAGGUAUGAUGUCAAGCGCGUUCCAUAUAUUUAUAUGCAAAAGAUGUAUGUUUUAGCCUUAAGCCUUUUAUACAGAUCAAUGACAAUU